GAGAGAGGUGCGGUGAACAAAAUCACAUCGUAGGGGAAGAAUAAUGUGACACAAACCAGCAGCCUCGGAUAUUCAUGUCAACUGUGCGACAGGUUUUAACGCGCGCCUUCGCUCCGGACCAACUUUAGCCAAGUCGGUGGGAACCUGGUGACCCACUGAGUGUGCCCCCGAGGCGGCGUGACAAGUUGGGAGAGUGGGGGGGAAGAAAAGGAGACUCGCAUCACUAUUUUUAAAUGGGUACAGUGAGAUUUGGGGGGCGUGGACGGUAGAGGAGCAGCAGUGAGCAUGUUGGCUCUUGGCUGCGGCUCCAGUGUGGUGAUGUGCCGGCUGGACUACUGAGCGGUAGGACGCGGAACCGUGCGGUUGCCGUCACUCGUCGGCGGUGGACUUUGUGUCAUUUUUGAAGCUCGUUUGGCAUCUUGUGGAUUUAUUUCUUCAACGCGGUGCUACAGAGGGACUAUAAGGACGGAGGGUAAGCCGUGAAAACGAUUUUUAAGACGCAGCAGCUGCCGUGCGUAACGGACGCAAUCUGGUCGAGCGGCUAUUUGAGUGACAAUAGUUUGAGGCUUUCUUAUUUGUUUAAGAGAGGGUAAUUAUUGGGAGUAAUAGACUGUGAUGCUGAGAGGACAUUUGGGAUUUGAAAGCUGCUUCAAGUGAUUGUUGUAAAUAUUGACAGGUGUUACAGACUGUCAGACUCAGCCUUGAAUUCACUUAAUAAAACACCGAGGACGCACACGGUCGGGGAUGGUUGCCAAACCUUUGGCAUGGAUGAUCCAAAAAUCAUUUAACGCAGGCAUCUUUACUUUCCUAACACUCGGAGAGAGCGCACGUUGUUAUUAAGGACCUUAUAAUGCGUUUAAAACACCGAAUGGGAAAGUAACCAUCACUUUAGCGUCCUCUUCCCUCCGAGUUGUAGCCGAUCUGGCAACAGCCAAAAUGACAAGCAACGGACCUGUCAUCGUUUACGAGUGGCUGAAGACCCUCCAGCUCGCCCAGUACGUGGAGGCUUUUGUGGAUAACGGAUACGACGACCUGGAGGUGUGCAAACAAAUAGGAGACCCCGACCUGGAUGCCAUCGGCGUCUACAUCCCUCACCACCGGCAGAGGGUCCACGACGCGGUGAGGAGGCUGAAAGAUGAAGCCAACGAGACGGCCAGUGGACUCUACUUCACCCUGGAGCCGAUGCCACCCGCGGCCGAGAUUUACACCAGUCACAUGGUGGACCAGUAUGAGUCCAAACUGCGGGGAUCCAAGUCCUGGACCGAGCCCAACAGUGACCGGGUUGGGCGCAACGGUGGGUACAUGGGCGCGCAGAGGAACCUGACGCUGGGCAACAGGAGGGAGCUGGUGAUUUACCCCAAGCUGAAGCUGAAGAUCAUGAUCAGGGAUAAGCUUAUCAGAGACGGCAUCAACCUCGCCAAGCCGCCCUACUCUAAUAAGGAUGGUUCUCUGGGCAACAUAGAUGACCUUGCUCAGGAGUACUCUGAGUACUACAACACCUGCUUCAGUGACGUCAGUGACCGCAUGGAAGAGCUCCGCAAAAGACGAGUCUCCCAAGAGCUUGACAUGGAGAAACAGGACCCAAGCAGCACGUCCCUGCAGCUCCGCACUGAGAUCCAGGAAUCAUUAGGCUUCAGCAGCGAGGUGUCGACUCCAGAAACAGACAGAAAAAUGCCCCUGCACAAAUCCAGCUCUGAAGAUGGAUCCGGAGGUAAAUGGGACAAUAAGAAGAAGAACAAGUCUUUUUGGCAGAACUUCCGCAAGUCCCAGCACAAACCAGUCAUGCGACAGACAUCCAAAGGAGAGGACAUAGGCUACGUGGCCAGUGAGAUCACCAUGAGCGACGAAGAGCGAAUCCAAUUAAUGAUGAUGGUGAAAGAGAAGAUGAUCACCGUUGAAGAAGCUCUAGCUCGGCUGAAGGAGUAUGAGCGCAGCAGACAGUCCAGCAGUACUGACACUGCAGAGUGGACUGAAGGAUCUGCAGCCAAUCUAAACCAGUCCUCAAACUGCAACUCUCGUGAACAGUCAGACGAUGAGCAAUCGGAGGACUCAGUGAAGUUCAAACGGCUUCACAAACUGGUCAACUCCACACGCCGGGUCAGGAAGAAACUCAUCAAGGUGGAGGAGGGCAAGAAACAUGGCUCUGAAGAUUUUCUGAACCUGGAGUCACCUCCCACCUGUGAGGACAACACAGCUCUGUACACAGGGGUCUUAAAGAAGCCCCCUCUGCCCCAGGAGAUCUCCCUGCCCUCCCUCACACAGGAUCAACUCUCUCUGGAUGGAGACACAGACAGUCUGACCAACUCCCCUUCCUCCAGCAGCCUGGACACCUGGUCCGGACACAAGCUGGUCAAAACCUUUAGUAAAUCCUCCAGUACCCACGGCCUCAUCCGGCCCCCCAGGAGAACCCCAGUUGGCUCUGGGGGCCUGGCAGGCUCUGGCGUAGGAGGUAGUGGCUCUUCCUUCUCGGAGCUGGAUGGCUGUGGAUUGGACGACGACGGAAAGCUGUCACGCUCCACGACUGACAGCGAGAUGCGGAAGGCCCUGAGCUCCAUCUCCCAUGGGGUAAGUAACAACGAGGCUCUCUACGCCUACUAUGGCCUCACUAAACCCCGCCCCAAACCCCACGCCCAGUCCCGCCUCCUGAUCUCCCUGGAAGAUGCUCCACCAGGCAGCCCCAAACACCAACCUGCCAACCGGCACCAUGGCAGCUGGGCGCACCGGAAACCUGAUCCCAACUACGCUUACUCCACCAAGCACCUACUGUACCAGCGCUCGCGCAAUGCCAAGACCCCUAUCUCCCCUCUGUCUGUCACCCCCUCCUCCCCUGUCCGCUGUGAUGUAGCCAAAUCAAAAGGUUUUGGAAGCGGGGGAGGGGGCUGGGUGUUCCCCUCUCGCAGGCUGCGUGGUCGAACGGCAGUCAGUGAGCUGAACAUCACCUAUGUGGUAGAGCGGAGCCUGUACGGUCACCUCAACUGGGCCCAGCUGGUCCGCCCAGUUACCCUCAGCCGCGCUGAGCGCCGCUGUCUAUUGGAGGAGGACCGCGAGGCGGACAGGAAGUGGGCGGCCAGUGUGGACCGCUGCACCAAGCGUGUGCUCUUGCGCAUCCAGCAGAAGUCUAGAACGUGCAGCUUCGGAGGCUUCGACCUGUCCAACCGUUCGCUCCAUGUGGUCAACGCCAGCUCGGAGGCCAAUAGUAAAGAGCAGGAGGCCAUAUACAGAGAAGUGGUCAAAUCCCCCACCACGUCUCGGAUCUCGCUGGGCAAGAAGGUCAAGUCAGUCAAGGAGACGAUGAGGAAACGCAUGUCGAAGAAGUACAGCAGCUCCUUGUCGGAGCAGUCCAGUCCGGAUGGAGCUCCUGGCUCCCCUCAGUCCCCUCAGCCUGACACUGACUCUCUGGAGAAGCCCAAGCUUAAGGCCGGAGGCUCGGUGGAAAGUCUGCGCAGUUCACUCAGCGGACAGAGCUCAAUGAGUGGUCAGACGGUGAGCACCACUGACUCCUCAGCCAGUAACAGAGAAAGCGUGAAGUCAGAGGAUGGUGAUGACGAAGAGCCGCCUUAUAGAGGGCCUUUCUGUGGCCGCGCCCGAGUCCAUACAGACUUCACCCCCAGCCCCUAUGACACCGACUCCCUCAAACUGAAGCGUGGUGAUGUGAUCGACAUCAUCAGUAAGCCACCCAUGGGGACAUGGAUGGGCCUGCUGAACAACAAAGUGGGCACCUUCAAGUUCAUCUAUGUGGAUGUGCUGAGUGAAGAGGAGGAGAAGCCCAAGAGGCCUGUGAGGAGAAGGAGGAAGGGCCGACCACCCAAGCCCACAUCGGUGGAGGACCUGCUGGAGCGCAUCAACCUCAAGGAGCACAUGCCCACUUUCCUGUUCAACGGCUAUGAGGACCUGGACACGUUCAAGUUGCUGGAGGAGGAGGACCUGGACGAGCUGAACAUCAGAGAUCCUCAGCACAGGGCUGUGCUGCUCACCGCUGUAGAGCUGCUGCAGGAGUACGACAGCAGCAGUGAUCCAGAGCGCAGCGGCCUGUCGGGCUCCCAGGAGAAGCUGCUGUCCGAGGGUCGGGGCCUGGUGGGAGACUCCCCGCGAGAUUCUGGGUGCUACGAGAGCAAUGAGAACCUGGAGAAUGGUAAGAGCAGAAAGGCUUCCCGUUCCAGUCGUUCCUCAGCCGGCCUCCAGUCUCCAGACUACCCCACACUGCCCAUGACCCUGUCCACAGAGGCUCUGCAACAGAACAACAAGAACCAGCGCACAAAGUUCCCCAAAAGCUUCUUCAUCAAACCCUCCCUGAAGGGCUUCAACCUGCUGGGGAUGCGCAAAGCCCAAAGACGGUCCCCCAUCCAAGCCAGCCGCAGCUGUGAGGACCUGGACGGACCCACACAGCCCGUUGGACCUUGGAAACGCUCCCACUCUCUGGGAGAUCUGCACUGGGAGCAGAACGUUGAUCAGAAAGAUCUGGGUGUGGAGCUUAAACUCACCAAGGAAGCACCCAAAUCAGGCAACAACAGCCCAGCCAAGGUCUGUAAAGAUGAGGGUUCACCAGCUCAGAAUGGGACUCCCACAGUGAGCCCAAAAGGAAGGGCAGACAGGCCACCCGUGCCCUCCCAGCUGCCUCUCCGCCCCCCUUGUCCCACACCCCAGUCCCCCAACCCUCCAGAGCUCCUCUCUAGUCCUACUCCAAGUCCCCCUGAUUCUAAUGCCAGCGGGGAGAGGGUCAUCCGGACUCACCCCAAAAAGCCUCCAGUCCCUCCUCCCGUUCCUGCCAAGAAAUCUAGGGAAAGACUCGCCAACGGCCUGCGUCACCCACCUCUCUCCCUGCCUUCCUCGCCAUCACCCACUCCCUCCCCUACCCACUCCCUCACCCGUUCUCACCCCAGCAGCCCCGUCAUCCGCAGCCCAAGCUUCGGUGCCCCAGCUUUGCCUGCCAAGACCCCGAGCACCCCCGCAAGCCCCUGCGCCACCUCAUCCGCCUCAUCCUUGGGCGAGGAGUCAGGCACUCCACCAGCAGUGCAGCCCCCAUGGUUUUCAGAUCUGGGGGGCAAGGUUGCUGUUGCAAGGAAGGUUUCUCAUGUGAAGAUGAGUCCUGACCUGUUCACCCUCCUGGAACAACGGCUGGAGGCUGAGGGCAUCGAUCUUACGGAGGAGCCCUAUUCUGACAAGCAUGGCCGCUGCGGCAUCCCCCAGCCGCUGGUGCAGCGUUACUCUGAGGAUUUGGAGCAGCCCGUCAAGGAUGUGGCCUCCACCAUGGACCAGCUCCGAGUCAAAGAGCUCCGUAAACAACACCGCAUGGCUAUUCCCUCUGGAGGUUUGACAGAGAUGUGCCGGAAGCCUCUGCCCUCAGGUAACAUCAGCACCGUCUCUGACUGGCUCACCUCCAUCGGCCUGCCCAUGUACGCCACAUCUCUGGCGGCGGCGGGAGUCGACACACUGAGUCGUGUGGCCUUGUUAACAGAGAGCAGCGUGUGGGAAGCAGGUGUGCGGGAUGAAAGACACGCCCGUCGGCUGGUCAGUGAGGCACAAUUGGUCGGCUCGCACAAAGAGGUGCAGUCCUAACUGUGCUGGUAGAGUCAUAUUAAGUAACAGGUAUAACUCACUGGUCAGCACUAUCUCAUUUAAACAUGGUCAGUAGGCGGGUGAAGACAAGUUGGCCGCUGGACUCGAUGAUCACACGAGUGACCGCAGCACUACAGUACUUCCUGUCUUGCAUGUGUCAAAAGAUUCAAGUGAGUCCCCAUGCUCUCUGAUUUUCUUUCUUUUAUCACUCCUUUCUCAAAUGUUUACGGCGUUUGGGAGUUUCUCCUAAGAGCCAAGACAAGAUAUCAGAUGCCUUUUUUAAAAAAAGACUGUAGACUCACUCUAUGGGAUGGCUUCCACUCUGAAGACACCCCCGAAGUCUUAAAAUAAAGACUUGGAUCUGCCUUGAAGGAAGAUAGCACACUCUUUUGUAGGAUGGAUGUUUUGGGGUUUUUUUAAAUACAGAAAGGACGGUUUACUUCCUGCAUAUUUCAUAAGUGCUUCAUUUUAAUCCUUUGCGGCAAGGCAACAUUAUCUGAGGGUCUUUUACGGAAGUAGCUCGGCCAAAGUGAUUCACUCCUCAUUCAGCUUUUCAUUCCCACUAAUAGGUUCAUAAUGACACAGAUCACUUAGUGUCUGGACUUCUAAUCAACUAAACACACACACCAAACUCUGAGUAACUGGUGGUUUUGAGAUGGCUUAUUUUGUAUCAUGUUUCUGUAUUAUAGCAUAACGCAUAUCUUAAUUUUAAAAUGAUUUAUAUGUUAAAACUUGUGUUUGCCUUUUGAAUGUUGCAGCCUUAUUUCGAGGCCAGCUCUCAGUCAUUUCUAAGCUGAAACAGCUGACGUCACACCUUUAUAUUUCAUAUUAUACUGUGUGUCCUAUUUUACUGCAUAUCUUGGAUGCACGAUUUGCGCCGGUAUGAAUUCAAGUCUUACAGAAAGCUGUUUUAUUCCAGUAAUCACAAUCAGCUUUCACAGCAACAAAACAUUCCCUGUGCAUCCAAGCACGUUUUAAGUUGCCUUACCAUUACGAAUGAAUAGCUUCAUCACAUAGAACAUAUGUAUAGUGUUGACUAUACUGCCAGGCUGAACUGUGCUGAAGGUGCGAGCCUCUUUGUUCCGAAUGUGUCUGAGAGAUAAUUGAGAUUUCAUACACACUCAACCACAUCAUUUUAGCUGCACACAUGGACGUGGACCACAGAACAUGCCCCCGAUGGAUUGUGGUUUCUAUACCAGCGAAGCUCAGAUGAUAAAGCAACAAACCCAGAGGCACGACACAGACGUCGUCCCGUGUUCAACGUCCCUGUUCAACACAUUCGCUGUACAUGUUCCAUACAGAUGGUUGUGGGACAAGAGAGGGAGUAUAAAAUGUUCUGAGACACAGCUGACAUCUGGGCUGUCAUAUCUGGAAUUUAUUGGACUGUCUACACUUGGUUACAGUGUUGAGGGGUUUGAUUUACAGCUGGAUAAUAAGCUGUUUGGGGCUUUUUAAAAACACAUUAUACUGUAGCUAUAAUCAGAGCCGGUCUGAAAUUCUAAAUUGGAAUUUUCUAAAACACACUGAGGAUGGAUAGUAAGGUGGUUAUAUCAGGUGAAAAACUGACCUCCAAGGUCAGCAUACAUGUACGGCGUGAUUUUACCAAGUAGGACAUGUUCCUGGAUCAACAUUCCACAUUGCAAUCAAUCAAUCACAGCCCUGUCUCAUCUGUUAAACUAUACAAAAUUCUUAAAAGCUACUGCAGGUUUAGUGAGUUAGCUUGCUAACUAGGGAGGCUAUGCUAACAAGUAAACUUGCCAAUACACUAGAAAAUUAGCAAGUAAGCUUGCCAAGUAGGUAGGCUAUGCUAAGCUAACCAACAGGCUAGAUUAUUGUUGACAAAGAUUAAAGAUAAUAUUUUUCAGUUGCAAAUAGCUGCAAAUCACCACAUUUUCCCAGCCUACCUAGUUAGCAAGCUAACUAACUGCUAUGUUGGUAUCCACAUUAACAAAUUUUCCAAAAUCAGCCUGAUAAUGAUGGUCCCAGAUAAACCUAAACAAAUCUAUCCAAAAUCAACAUGGAAAAAAAGGAGGGGACAUGUGUUAAUUGCAAGAAUUUGCAACUAAGAAUGCUAUUAUCCUCACUCAUUGUAAUGUACAACUUAUAUGUUAGCAUAGUCUACCUAGUUAGCAAGCUGUUUUGCUAAUAUUAUAGCCUAUUGGCAAGGUUACUUCUUAGCAUAGCCUACCUAGUUAGCAAGCUGUUUUGCUAAUAUUCUAGACUAUUGGAAAGCUUACUUGUUAGCAUGCAUACCUACCUAGCAAGCUAGUUAGCUAAUAUUCUCGUCUAUUGGCAAGGUUACUUGUUAGCAUAGCCAACCUACUUAGCAAGCUAACUCGCUAAUAUUGUCAGGUUUACUCAUUAGCAUAACCAACUAGUUCAACAUCACUGAGGAUUUGGUUUAACUGUACUAACUUCAAUUUGGAAAACUAGCUUAGCUCUGAAGAAGCUGAAGUGCAGGAGCAGCACACUGAUGAUGUCAAAGGGCUGUGAUUGGUUAAUUGCAAUGGUCCAGGAAUGCAAUGUGGGAUAUUGUUCCAGGAGCAUGACCUACUUGGCAAAAUCACAUUGUGCUGCCAGCAUACACUAUGACACUAAAUAGUUUUGUAAAUCAGGGAAACACUGAGUCGGGUCAGCCUGUUACAAAAUGACAGGCUAGAAACAGAACAGAAACUAAUAUCCUCUUUCAUUUGCGCACUUUGCAUAAAUUGGAGCUAACAUUUGUGUUUUUCUCUCUUUUUUCUAACAGCAAAGUUCGAUCUUUCAUAGUCAGAAUUGAACUGAAUAUUCCAUGGAGUUCACAUUUAAACAUUUGACCAAGUGUUAUUGCUAAAAUUAGAGGAUUUUUUUUUUUUUUGCAGUGGGCACUUGAUAGGUAGAUGUUUGAUGCCUUUUUCCUCUUCAAUCAAAAGUGGUGCUCUGAGAAAGCGAGGGUGGGGGUCGUUAUUAUUAAAAAAAAAAAAAAAAAAGUAAAAGACCCAAGAAGUGUUUUGUAAAGAAUGAAAAUACUGACACUGUAAAUGCACUUUAGAGGGUAAAUCUAGCUGUUUUAUAGGCGGAAUUGGCUACGUUUGGUUCACAGGUCCAUAAACGGACGUUUGUUGUCAGGUAUUGUAAAGGGUUUCAAUGGGUCAUGCUGGUAUUUUAUUUUAGUAUUGAGUUCCCAAUGCCAAGUUUGAUAACCAUUCACGGGUUAACCUGUUCCAGCUACUCACUUCGUUUGUUUUUUGCAGUCUUAUAAAAAAAAUAAAAUUCUUAAUUACAUAUAUGAAAUGCUUAGCAGACGUUGCACAUUCUGUAUAUGUAAUUGAUAUUUAAAUAACUUAUUUUUGCUUUUUUUUCAUAUCAACUGUAAUUAGCUGUACUAUAUGAAUAGCAAUACCUUCCUGCAUAAUGCAUAUUGCUUUAGCCAGUGAGGAACUACAGUAUGUAUUGUAAAAUAUGUGUACAAAUUAUUUUAUUUGGUUUUCAUCUACCUAAUGAUUGUCCAUACAGAUUUGCUUGUGUAUUGAAACAACAAAAGUAAUGUCCAUAACUAUUUGUCAUUCUGAAAUAUAAUAAAAACUGUUUCUUGCCAUA